GCUUACCGCAGCAACGCACCUCACCUCACUUUUCACCGCUCACCUCAUCUCAACAACCAAUGAACCCAAGUUGCUGCUGCUGCUCUUACUACUAUAUACACUACUACUAUUGCACUGCUGCUGCUGAUCCUCGUUCCUGACUCCGAAACACAAUUAUUGAAAUUGAACCAAGAAAAAUAUGGCGGCACUUAGGAAGCAUGCUUCUUUUUUUCCUUCCAAUUCUCUCUUGAGAACAAUAAUUUCCCUCGAAAAUACAUUGGCGGGACCAACUCCGGUAAUCUCGCGAGGAAAGAAAAGAAUCGUUGCUGUUGAAAAAGUCACUCUCGAAUCAACUCGAGUGUCUCUUGCUGCCAAAGGAUUUCUGCGAAGUUACAAAGGAUACGAACCCGCUAGUGAUAUUUCUGAACGAUUGAAUGUUUUGUGCGAAGAAAAUGGAUAUUCAACAGAAGAUAGGACAACUCUAACAGAUGGAGUUAAGCGUUUUAAUUUACUAGUUCGAUGCGAAGAAGAAUUUAAACACACAAUUCCAAAUUCCUUGCUAUGCAAUAUAGAAACAAUAGGGGAUUUAAGAUGUUUUUAUAAUACCUCAGUGAAUGCAUUAUCGCCUCUUGAUUCACUAAAAUCCAUGGAACUACCAAAAAAUUUACAUGUGCUUUAUGAAUAUAAUCGCUUCCAUCCAGAGACUGACACAAAGUUUGAAGGUAAAACUGCUUUUCCAUGCAGUUCUACAGUUGUAACAGGUUUAAAAUACAAAAAGAAAUAUCCUGGUCAUAAGCAGGCUUUAACAUCAAAUGACAAAGGCAUGUUCGAUUUCUAAUAAUUUUGAGAUAUAUUAAUUUCGAUAAAGUAAUAUAAUGUACAGAAAAAUAUAUUCCAAUUAUUAUCAGUUUCA